GUGCUGGCGGGAAGGGGUGGGCAGCCCAGGCAGGCGGUGGCAGCAGCAGGGACUCUUCGGUGUGCGUUUUCGUGACGAGACCGCGGCCAUGCUGUGCUAUGUGACCAGGCCGGACGCGGUGGUGAUGGAGGUGGAGGUGGAGGCCAAAGCCAACGGCGAAGACUGCCUCAACCAGGUUUGCAGACGAUUGGGGAUUAUAGAAGUCGAUUACUUCGGACUCCAGUUCACAGGUAGCAAAGGAGAAAAUUUGUGGUUGAACUUGCGAAACAGAAUAUCCCAGCAGAUGGAUGGUCUGCCUCCUUACAGAUUGAAGCUGCGUGUCAAAUUCUUUGUGGAGCCACAUCUCAUCUUGCAAGAACAGACAAGGCACAUGUUUUUUUUGCAUGUAGAAGAGGAUCUUCUGGCUGGUAAUCUUCAGUGUUCUUCUGAUCAUGCAAUUGAACUUAGUGCGCUGCUUGCCCAGUUGAAGUUUGGUGAUUAUAAUCAAAAUACUGCCAAAUAUCACUUUGAAGAAUUCUGUGCAAAGGAGCUUACAACUGCUAUUUUGGACAGUAUUACUGCAAAGCAUAAAGAACUUGAAGGCCUCAGCCAAGCUUCAGCAGAGUAUCAGGUUUUACAGAUAGUGUCAACACUGGAGAAUUAUGGGGUAGAGUGGCAUUCCGUCAGAGACAGCGAAGGGCAAAAACUUUUUAUUGGUGUUGGUCCUGAGGGCAUUGCCAUAUGUAAAGAUGACUUCAUUCCUGUCAACAGAAUUGCAUACCCAGUUGUUCAGAUGGCAACACAGUCUGGGAAGAAUGUGUAUUUGACUGUCACAAAGGAGUCUGGCAACAGUAUUGUUCACCUUUUCAAGAUGAUCAGCACCAGAGCAGCUAGUGGGCUGUACAGAGCAAUAACAGAAACACAUGCAUUUUACAGGUGUGAUACUGUUACUAGUGCUGUCAUGAUGCAAUACAGUCGUGACUUAAAAGGCCACUUAGCGUCCUUGUUCCUGAAUGAGAAUAUUAAUCUUGGCAAAAAGUAUGUAUUUGAUAUUAAGCGGACAUCUAAGGAGGCUUAUGAUCAUGCACGGCGGGCCCUUUACAAUGCGGGCAUUGUGGAUCUAGUUUCAAGAAGUGACCAGAGCCCACCCAGUUCUCCCCUGAAGUCGUCAGAAAACACUAUGAACUGUGACAGCUGUGAGGGUCUCAACUGCCAGCAGACAAAAGCGCUUCAAGAAAAGUUAAGGAAGCUUAAAGAGUCUCUGCUGUGUAUGGUAUGCUGUGAAGAAGAAAUAAAUUCAACAUUUUGUCCAUGUGGUCACACUGUCUGCUGUGAGUCAUGUGCUGCACAAUUACAGUCAUGUCCAGUUUGCAGAUCUCGAGUAGAGCAUGUCCAGCAUGUGUACUUGCCUACCCACACCAGUCUGCUUAAUCUUACGGUAAUAUGACCUCCAUGUUAUCGCUGGAAAACAUCCACCAUACAAGCUUCUAAACUAUCUUGUACUUCCAAACUACUGCACUAAUGUUCACUCCAACUCCGUUGAUGGUGAAGGAGAGCAGUCACUUCAGCAUCUGCCAGCAAUUUAUAAUCAGAAAAGCUGUUCCAGAACUUGGGGGGGAGGGGGGGAGAAUGGGGGAGAAAUCUCUGUUCAGAGUGUUUGAGAAUAUGUUUUAGGGAUAUACUGUGAAUGACUUGUAGACAACCUCAUGUCACCUGAAACAACAUUAUUUAUAAAAUGGCAAUAUUCUGAAAAUUCUGAGAGGAGAAAACAUGGAAAGUUUCUCUGUAGUAUCCAGCAGGGGCAACCCAGCUUCUUUUACGCAUUUUAUAAAGAUUGUUUUUAUUUUAAAGUUACUUUAUUUAGCAUGGUCACUCCAUAUAUAUUUUAGAAAAACUAGUUUUUAAUACCUACAACUGUUGUAGUAUGAUAAUUUAGUUUCUUCUUUUAGUUCCACUUGAAGUAAGAAAUUAUUUUUAAGUCAAAAUACUUAAAAACCUAAGAUUGCGAAGCUUUAAGCAAAUAGCUGUAUUUGUUUCAGCAACAAUAGAGAUUUCUUGCAAAAUUACUAUCAGCAUUUGAAUACAUUUGAUAGCCUGUUGGGCACCUUCUGAGAGAAUGCUGAAGGACAUAUAAAAAUUGUUGCUUUGAACAUCUGUAGAAACAUUUUUCUUUUGCAAGAAUCAACUGUUCCUGUUCAUCUGCCUUGUGUCUGGAGAAACAUUUCGUUGAACAGUAUACUCUUUGUGUGGGUUUCCAAAAUGCAGUUGUGUUAAAUUAUUCUUUCUAAAAACCGUCUUACCUUCGACCACAAACCCUGACCCUUGGCAUUUUGGACUUUGGUCAACUAGUGAAUGCUCCAGAAUAUUGAAAACUAGAUGACCAUGUUUGGGUGCAAUACUAGCUGAAAUGAAAGCUAGAAAAGACACUUUACUGAGAUUUUCUGAAUAUACUUUUCAUAUUGCCUUAAUGUAGCAGUAAUGUGUGUAUGCAUUUGUUUCUUUGCACAGACAUUUUGUCAAAAUAUUAAAACUCUACUUUUUUAUGGCACAUUAGCGUAUAAACCUUACUCCUAAAGGUAUUUAUUUUUUCACUUUGUAAAAAGUUUCGUUUCCACAUGAAACAAGAGCUCCUAUAUGGUAGACAAAUUGUCUUUUUUAUAUAUUCAGGUUAAUAAAGGACUUUUUAAAUAGAA